AUAACAAUUAUAUAAUUAGAAUUCCAUAAUUUUCCCCGAAAUCAUAACGAAAACAGAAACAUUUAAAACUGUUACAAACACGUAAAAUAUAUUGUUUGUUUAUUUAUGUACAGCUAUUUGCUUUUAUUGCCAUUAGAAAAUUAUAUGCAUUCCUUGGAUUUUCUAGAUAAAAUGAAUCAGAUUUACUUGUACUAAUCAUAGUGGCAAACUGAACAGAAAACAAAACGAAAAUGACAAUUAAAGGACUUACUAUUUCUGCAUGUAUAAAAUUCGGAGUGAAGCAUUUACAGUACUGGUCGCGCAACCUCAUAAAAAUCUAACAGCUUUUUGAUGCACCACGUCAACAACAAACAGCAGGGGCGUUUAUUGCAUUUUAUAGUUUGUAAAACCAUUUACAACCACAUUUGCCAUUACACCUGACGUGCAGUUCCAUGUCGACAUCCUCAUAUCUCUGUAAAUAUAUUAAUGGAAGUACAAUUAUCAAAAUAUCAAAUAUGGCAAUCUUGCUUAUUUUCGAUGCGCGCGCUUCACUCGCUGCAGAGGAUGCUUUUGCAAAAUUAAGCAAGGUUUAUAGGAUAUGUUUAAACUGAUACCAAUUAAAUCGUGUACCUUUUAAAAUGGUCCGUCUCGACCCUGACAUUUUAAAAAAGAGACUCGACCUCGUUAGAGAUUUGGAAAUUAACGACUAAAUACGCAUCACUUUAGGUUGUCUGUGAUGAACAUGCAAAAAAUCAAUCUUUCAAAGGGGUUUGGAGUGGAGAAGUUGAGUGGGGGGAGGGGCAGAGGCUAUGCACUUGAUCUGAUGCAAAGAGGCAGAUUUCUCAUUAACUUACCCGCUUGAACAUAUUAAUGUGCAUAUUCUCCCCUCCUCUCUCUCCCUUGGCCCCCCUUCUCUCUCCUGCUACCUCGCGCUCUAUCCCUCUCAGCGCUCUCUCACUCGCUUUCUCUUUUUCUCUCUUUUUCAUUCUCCCGCUCCCUUCAUAUCAGAAUCGCACAGAGCGGUGUCCGUGUGGGGAUGCGAGAAGCCAAUGCAACGAGGAUCCGAUAGAAGAUGCAAAUGAGCCUGAAAACACACCGCAAAAUAUGAAACUACUCGUUUGCAGCCGAGUAAAUCAUAGAAAACUGGUUGGGAACUGGCACCGGAAUUCACAGGGAUUGUGAUGCUGGAACUCUACACUGGGAACAUGUCUAUGGAAGCUUUAGAUAAGUUGUUUUAACAAAAGUAUACAAACGCAAACCGUUCAGAUAUUGGAACUCAACGCUUUGCUGCUGCAUUGUUUGUUACCUCAGUUACUGUGAAACUGACAAGUCUCUGAAGCUACAGCGCUGAUAUAAAGACAUUCAAACGCAAACUCUUGUACAAAACCAGCACCAACAACAACAUCAAAAGAUGAGCUCAUAUUUCGUCAACUCUCUCUUCACUAAAUAUAAAAGUGGAGACACUCUGCGGCCGAACUAUUACGAAUGCGGAUUUGCUCAAGACCUAGGGACGAGACCCACCGUCGUGUACGGUCCAGGCACCGGGGCCACUUUUCAGCAUGCCCCUCAGAUUCAGGAGUUUUACCAUCACGGCGCAUCCACGCUCUCCGCAGCGCCUUACCAGCAGAGUCCCUGUGCGGUAACUUGUCACGGCGAGCCGGGAAACUUCUACAGUUAUGAUGCUCUCCAGAGGCAAACACUUUUCGGUGCUCAAGACGCCGACUUGGUUCAGUAUAGCGACUGCAAACUCGCCACGGGGGGCAUCGGCGACGAGACGGACAACACAGAACAGAGUCCGUCGCCUACACAGCUGUUCCCGUGGAUGCGACCUCAAGUAGCUGCCGGACGGAGGCGAGGCCGCCAGACCUACAGCCGCUAUCAGACGCUCGAACUCGAGAAAGAGUUUCUCUUCAAUCCCUACCUAACACGCAAGAGACGGAUUGAGGUAUCACACGCUUUGGGACUGACAGAACGACAAGUCAAAAUCUGGUUUCAAAACCGUCGUAUGAAAUGGAAAAAGGAAAACAACAAGGACAAGUUUCCAAGCAGCAAGUCUGAACAAGAGCAGAUCGAAAAAGAGAAACGGGAGAAAGAACAGGCAUCCGGGACACAGUCAGCCGGCGAAGACUGCGACAAGGCUAAACAAAUGUAGAGCGGAUGUGUGUGUGUGUGUGUGUGUGUGUGUGUAUGUGUGUGUGUGUGUGUGUGUGUGUGUGUGUGUGUGUGUGUGUGUGUGUGAGAGAAUGAGAGAGAGAGGGAGAGAGAGCGAGAGAGUGUGUGUUUGUGUGUGUGUACGUGUGCCAGUCAAUCGAAACUGCAAAGAAUAAAUAGGGAAAAUAAAACAGACAAUGAUGAAGAGAAUAACGGCGUUUGCAUGGGAAGUUUGUCACACAGAGACAUUUUAAUCAAGCCGAGUUGAUACAUCUUUCACUCGAGGAAAAAAAAUGACUGGGACUAGACAAAUUACUAUAAACUUAAUAUGGUGACCACAGAACUCCAGGAAGACGAAGGACAAGAAGCAUUUCUACUUUUUACCUGUUGUUCAGAGAGUAUGAUAGUGUUAAAGCUAGUCUCCUUUCUUUGUGAAAUAAUUAUCGUGAAACUUAUGUUUCUAUUGUUAGGAUAUUGUCAUUAACGAUUACCUUGGCAGCUGUAUAGUUUUAAGUUAAAUGGUGCACUUUUAACUGUUCUCACUUAUAUGUUAUGAUGAUGACGACGUAGAAAUUAAUGACUUCCAACAACAUGAAACUGCCUAUUUAUGCCGUAGAAUCUCUUUUUACACUUCUUUGGUUCUUCUUAAAUCGAUGGUAUUUUUGUUGUCUUCCUUUCUUGGGGUAAGCAUGCGCACAGUGGAUUAUAAAAAAUGAAUAAACAUAAUAAAAAAUAAUUUUAAAAAUUAUGUCAUGUGACCCAUUGUUUACUAUGAAUCAAAUUGUUGUCGUUCACGUUUGCUGGUGAAGUAGUUUAUGAGAUGACUAUAUGUUUUGUUGUCAUUCUUAACUGUAUUCUAAUGUCUGGAGGCACCGGAAGAAAGUGGACACAAUAAAGUUUACAAGCGAGAAUCCGUGA